AUGUGUGGGGCAUUACCAAGCCCAGUCAUAAACCCAUUUCACCCAAACCCUGGUCAGAGUCGACCUCGUUUUAGUUUUUCAAGAUCAUCCACUGCUACCACUGCUGCUGCUUGCACACCCCAUCCUGCAACUAAUCAAAAAAUCUACCAAAGAACCAUUUUCCUUGGUCAACUUGAGGGUGACAAAAUAGUACAGGACAAGGCCUUGAUAAUCCCUUUUCAAGAGUCUGAGGCCUGUUUGUCUACCAUCACAACCAAAGUUAAAGAAGCCCUUGCUAUGGGUGCUGAUGAAGACAUCAUUUUAACUGAUAGUCAAGGAAACCUACUCCUUGAUAGCCCUGGCACAAAAGGUUCUUCUUAUUGGAAGCAGAGCUCCAGGCGCUUUUUUGCCAUCAAAGAAGAUGUUUUUGCAGAAAUGGGAAGAAGAAGAAAAAGAAGAAAACUAGGGCAAGCUAAAAGACACGAGGAAUCGGAGCUCUUAGAAAUAAGAGACAAAAUCGAGGAGGUCCUUCUCGCAUCUGAAGGGUUACCAGCUGUGUCAGCCAAGCUCAGGGAGCUCUCCAAGCAUUCUGAGGGCCUCACAGAACAGCAAAGUGAGAUAUUGAAGACCUCAUUUAGGUGCAAUGUAUGCAGAGGAGUGAUGAACAGUCCUAUGCUGGCGCGCUGCUGUCGCAGUUUGGUUGGUUGUCGAGAGUGUGUCAAUGCUAUACUCCAGGAGGGUCAAGGAUGUGUUAAGUGUCGGUCUCCAAUUACAGAGGAAUCCCUGGUGGCUGUAGCUGGCCUCUCUGAAGUUUUGAAUGUUAUUAGGGCCAUAGAAGAGCAGUACACUUCUGUAUAAAAGUGUGUAUGCAUGUAAAAGAGUGCAUAUUUCAAAUGUUAAAAAAGUUAAUGCACAAUAAGAGAAGUUUAAAUAGUCCUGUUGUUUUUUUUUUUGGUGGCUGGCCACCCUAAUGUUUUAAAUCUAAUAAGGCCCACAGAAGUUUGUUAUAUGGUAUAAUGAGUGUUCAGAUGUUCAUUUA